UUUUCGUCACCCUUUAAAACCUAUUCCCCCUCCGUCUAUCCCUGCACCAAGCCUUCACUCUCCGGCUUCCACUUUCAAAAGGCUCAUCAAACGCUAAUCAUAACCAAAAAAAAAAAAAAAAGCGAGAACCAACGUGAAAUUUGGAAAAUGUCCAGCUCACUGGACGCGUCACUCGAGGAAAUCAUCCGUAAUAAAAGCAGAUCCGAGGGUAAUUCCAGUGAUUCCAGACGCAAAACCGGUGGCUCCGGCCCUGGCCCUGAUCGUCGUGACCACACUCGCGACCCACUCAGAUCCAACUCGUACCCGAUUAGACCGCAAAUGCAGGAGGGACAGUUGGUUUCGAGUGGAAGAUCGGGGAUCAAGGAAAGAGUUGUGGGUAGAGGAUGGGUUCGUUGUGGUGGUAAUGGAUCUAAAACUGCCGGUGCUGGUGGUGGAUUUGCAAGGGGAUGCAGGCGGGGUGGAUGGAUUGGUAAGAAAUUAUCUGCAGAAGAUCUUGAUGCUGAAUUGGAUAAGUACCACUUGGAAGCUACACGAAUUAAAUGAUGUCGUCUCCUCUCCUGCUAUUUGCUUAUGCAAUUAUUCUUGUGUAGGUAUAUUGGCUGGUUUAAUUUUUUGGGGGAAAGAAGAAAAAGUGAUGUUUAGUUGUAAUGAUUCACUGACAUACUGAGCAUGCUCUUUUUGACUCUAACUAGACCCUGUGAGUAUAACAUCCCAAUUUUGCUGUGAAGCUAACGGUGCUUGAUGCUGUAUAUUCUCCUACAUUUUCUUUGUUAAGAUAGUUCCUUGAUUCACCAUUUGUGGUUCAACUCCAAUUUAGUUUCUGUUAAAAAUUCAUGCUGUGGUUUGCAGCAUUCUCGUUUCCUGAAAAGAUCCCACUGCCAUGGGAUAAGAUGAAAAAACAAUUCGAUUUUAAUCCUUAAAUUUUUCUUCGUGAUUUUUGGGAUUGUCCUUUCGAAAAUUCUCUCUGCAUUUGCUUGUUGAACUCAAAUGGACCAUCUCGCAAAAUGAGAUUAGGGGCUUCAUUUGUCCAUCUCCUUGAUUAAUUAAUCUCGUCCUAGAGAAAUUUGAGAAAACCUAAGCCUUAAAAUCUUUUUAUAUCAAAAGGAUUGUGGCAUGGAGAGGCAGAAUCCAUUGGUUUCGCCGGCCCAAUAAGCCAGGCUAGAAAUUACUAACCAUAUAUGAUUGAAUGACUAACGAGAACUCAAACAGGUCAUUGAACAAUUUGUUCAAAGGGAAAUAUAGCAUAAGAGAUUAGGAAAAAUUUUAUACAGCAUGAUUCUGAGAAACCAAACAAAUUUAUUUCUUUCUUCAGAAAAAAGAUAUUACACAAAAAGAGUCUGAAACUCAGUAAAAAAUACAAUACUAAUACAACAAGUCUGAGAAAGCUAAGCCAAAAUUUGUCUGACUUGAAAAUCAAACAAUCUACUAAACUUGUUUAUGAAGCAAAAAUUCCCAACAGCCAUGAUACAACAAUUGCAUAUUAGUCUGAGGCAGGCCAAAAAUAAAAAGCUGACAUAUUUACAAUGUGAAAAUCAUGUAAUAAACAGUCUUGUAACUGAAAUAAAAACAAAUCAGAUAUGAUUUGGAGAUGCCCCCUUAAAAACAGAGAUUUCCA